AUGCCACGUGAAGGAGGCAUGAGGGCUGGGAUACUGCCAGGUUGCCCAAGCCUAGAUGGGGGAAGUCGAGAGGCAGAGGUCAGGCACGAACCACGGACCUUCUGGUCAGUAAAUUCGCGCUCUAACCACUUGGUCCAGCCGAGCAUCACCAUCACCAUCGGAGACAGCAACAUUAGUGUUCAUACUGAUCCUUCAGUGCCGUAA